GCGCGGAGAGCGGGCGCGGCCAUGGGGCGGAAGCUCGAUCCCACAGGAAGGAGAAGCGCGGCCCCGGGCGCAAAGGCCCGCAAGCAGCGCGGGGCCGAGGUGGAGCUGGCCGCUCCUCCGCAGAGCGGAGACGGCAGGAGAAAGCUUCAGUCACGGAGAAAGAGGGCUGCGAAAGAGGCGGCUGGAGCGGGCAGUGGCCCGGCGGGGAAGAGGCCGCUCGGAGCAGGAGGAGGAGGAGGAGGGCGGGAGCCGGCAGUUAAAGAGCAGGUGUCCACACAGGAGAAAUGUGCCAUAAAGGCAGCAGGACAAACCACUCGUGGCCGAUCUGGCUUCAGUGAUGACAAUUCAAAAUGGCUGGCUCCAGCCAAAGCCAAGAAAAUCCAAUCUAAAGGAAACCAUGUGGAGUUAUCCAGCGAUGGUGAGGUGGAAGAGGGCAACUGGGAGAUGGAGGAGGAGGAGGAGGAUGGGAGCAGCGAGGAGAUGGUCGAUGAUUACGGUGCCUCAUCAUCAGAAGAAGAAGAGUUGCUGCCUAUUGAAAAAGCUGCCCUGAAGCAGAAGCCUGACAGGGAAGGCCUCAGUGAAGAUGACAGUGAAGAGGAAGAGGAGGAGGAGGAGGAGGAGGAAGAGGAGGAGGAAGAGGCAGCAGAGACAAUAGACAGACAGAAAAUGGGACAGAAGGAGGAAGAGAACCCAGAUCUGCAGCUCAACCUAGAUAUAGAUGAACAAUUUAAACUGCCAUCUAAUGAAGAGAUUGAAAAAGAGACUGCUGAGCCGCCCGACCUGCACGUCAUUCACCAGCGCAUCAAGGGCAACAUGGAGGUGCUGCAGGACUUCGUGGUGAGGCGGGAGGAGGGACGCACGCGGCAGGAGUACUUGGCGUUGCUGCGCCGGGACAUGGCUGCCUACUAUUCCUACAGUGAUUUCCUGCUCAUGAAGCUCAUGGACAUCUUCCCACUCCCUGAGCUGAUAAACUUCCUGGAAGCCAAUGAGGUUCCCCGCCCUGUGACUAUUCGCACCAACACACUGAAGACACGGCGACGGGACCUGGCGCAGGCUCUGAUCAACCGUGGCGUGAAUCUUGAUCCCUUGGGGAAGUGGUCAAAAACAGGACUUGUUAUUUAUGACUCCUCUGUGCCCAUCGGUGCCACCCCUGAGUAUCUGGCUGGACACUACAUGCUGCAAGGAGCCUCCAGUCUUCUCCCUGUCAUGGCUCUGGCUCCACAGGAGAACGAGCGCAUCCUGGAUAUGUGCUGUGCCCCAGGAGGCAAGACCAGCUACAUAGCUCAGCUUAUGAAGAACACAGGUAUGAUCUUGGCCAACGACAGCAACGCCGAGCGGCUGCGCAGUGUGGUAGGGAAUCUGCAUCGGCUGGGAGUCACCAACACUGUCGUGAGUAACUGCGAUGGACGCCAGUUCCCCAAGGUGCUUGGAGGGUUUGACCGUGUCUUGCUUGAUGCUCCUUGUAGCGGAACAGGUGUCAUUUCCAAGGAUCCUGCUGUCAAAACCAACAAGGAUGAGAAAGACAUCUUGCGCUGUGCUCACCUGCAGAAGGAGCUGAUUCUUAGCGCUAUAGAUUCAGUCAAUGCUGCCUCAGAGACAGGGGGCUACAUUGUCUACUGCACUUGCUCCAUCAUGGUGGAGGAGAACGAGUGGGUUGUGGAUUAUGCCCUGAAGAAACGCAACGUCCGUUUGGUGGCCACGGGCCUGGACUUUGGCAAGGAAGGCUUCACCAGGUUCAAGGACCGUCGCUUCCACCCCUCCCUCAAGUCUACGCGGCGUUUUUAUCCCCACACACACAAUAUGGAUGGGUUCUUCAUUGCCAAAUUCAAGAAAUUCUCUAAUGCCAUACCCCAGGCACAGAAAGAUGAAGAACCUGCUGCAGAAGCAGCAACUCUGUCUGCUGUCCCUGAGACUGUUGUGGAACCUCCACCAAAAAAGAAGAAACUUGAGGGAUCAAAAGCUGACAAAGAGCAGAAGCUGCCACAACCAACUUUGAAGAAGAAACAUUCAUUGCAGGCACAGAGGAGACCCUUAAAGGCUGUCCGGCCUUCUCCCAAAAUGAUGCGUCCUAAAAUCCCUACCAGGAAGAAGAAACAUAGAGUGAAACCGAAUGGACAGUGAAAGGAACUGCUUUUCCAGGUGUUGGUCCCUUCCUCAGAGAGCAAAGGCUGCUGCAGCUAUGUGUGUACCACCACUGUGCUACUCUGUGCAGAUCAUCUCUGCAGCUCUGGACACCUGGGACAGCGAUAGCCUCCUUUGCUCCUUUCCCUCUGCAUCAAGGACUGAUGCACGGACCCAUUAAAAGUUUUAUAUUCUUGCUCAA